AUGGGCUCCUAUAUUCUUGCUCUCGAAAGAGCUUUGCAGUGUUGUCGGGGAGUGGUUAUCUUUGAGGUGAUUUUGUCGAUACAGCGUCUUAUCAAGAAGUAUGGUGCAACUCAUCAACCAGCCAGUGAUGGGCAAAGUGCGGCAAGCUCGAGCACUGUGCCCGUGAAGACGGCAUUGCACUCAGGGGACAGCAGUCAUGAUGCAAGUGAGACCAGCUCGUCAAGCAACUCAUGUACAAGCGGUUACAGAGACAAGCGCUGUUUGGUCAUGGAAUGGGACAUUAUAUUGCGUAUGCUGCGAGCGCUAAGGCCUUGGGUGUCUAUGACGGAUGAAAAGGAGAUGGAGAAAUUCCCGCAGCAAAGUCUGCAUCCUGAUGAUCGAAGACCGGAAGCAGACGUGAAUCGCCAUACAAGAGUUCAUCCGAACAACGAUCUGCUCGAUCAAUCAUAA